AACUGGUUAUACUGGUUCUACUGGUCAUACUGGGAGGGACUGGGCAUGGAGGGGGCGCGGCUGGGGGUGUGGGUGGCGCACGGAGAGGGUAACUGGUUCUACUGGUUAUACUGGGAGGGACUGGGCAUGGAGGGGGCGCGGCUGGGGGUGUGGGUGGCGCACGGAGAGGGUAACUGGUUAUACUGGUCAUACUGGUUAUACUGGGAGGGUCUGGGCAUGGAGGGGGCGCGGCUGGGGGUGUGGGUGGCGCACGGAGAGGGUAACUGGUUAUACUGGUCAUACUGGGAGGGACUGGGCAUGGAGGGGGCGCGGCUGGGGGUGUGGGUGGCGCACGGAGAGGGUAACUGGUUCUACUGGUUAUACUGGGAGGGACUGGGCAUGGAGGGGGCGCGGCUGGGGGUGUGGGUGGCGCACGGAGAGGGUAACUGGUUCUACUGGUUCUACUGGUCAUACUGGGAGGGACUGGGCAUGGAGGGGGCGCGGCUGGGGGUGUGGGUGGCGCACGGAGAGGGUAACUGGUUAUACUGGUUAUACUGGUCAUACUGGGAGGGACUGGGCACGGAGGGGGCGCGGCUGGGGGUGUGGGUGGCGCACGGAGAGGGUAACUGGUUCUACUGGUUAUACUGGGAGGGACUGGGCAUGGAGGGGGCGCGGCUGGGGGUGUGGGUGGCGCACGGAGAGGGUAACUGGUUAUACUGGUUCUACUGGUCAUACUGGGAGGGACUGGGCAUGGAGGGGGCGCGGCUGGGGGUGUGGGUGGCGAACGGAGAGGGUAACUGGUUCUACUGGUUAUACUGGGAGGGACUGGGCAUGGAGGGGGCGCGGCUGGGGGUGUGGGUGGCGCACGGAGAGGGCCGUUUCCAGUUCCGGGAGCCCUCGGCCCUGGCCCGCAGUGUCCGGUCGGGCCUGGCCGCGCUAUCAGUGACCACUGAGUGACCACUGACCAUAACCAGUCUCUAACCAGUUUAACCGGUCUCUAACCAGUUUAACCAGUCUCUAACCAGUUUAACCAGUCUCUAACUGGUCUCUAACUGGUCUCUCACUGGUUCCCCAGGCCGUUUCCGGUUCCGGGAGCCCUCGGCCCUGGCCCGCAGUGUCCGGUCGGGCCUGGCCGCGCUAUCAGUGACCACUGAGUGACCACUGACCAUAACCAGUCUCUAACCAGUUUAACCAGUCUCUAACCAGUUUAACCAGUCUCUAACUGGUCUAACUGGUCUCUCACUGGUUCCCCAGGCCGUUUCCGGUUCCGGGAGCCCUCGGCCCUGGCCCGCAGUGUCCGGUCGGGCCUGGCCGCGCUGCGCUACGUCGAUGACCGCGGUGACCCCACCGAGCGCUACCCCCUGAACCCCAACGGCUCCGGCCAGGGCGUGGCCGCGCUGGUGUCCCCCUGCGGCCGCCACCUGGCCGCCAUGCCGCACCCCGAGCGCUCCGUGCGGGCCUGGCAGAGCCCCUGGGCCGGCCGGACCGCGGCCGCCGACGGCCGGAGCAAGGCCGGCAACGGGCCCUGGCUGAGAAUGUUCCGGAACGCCCUGGAGUGGUGCCUGCGGUGGCCGGAGGGGGAGAAGUGACCGCUGAGUGACCGCUCCCUGUGACAGUGACCAUCGCUGACCAUCACUGACCAUCACUGACCGCUGAGUGACCGCUCCCUGUGACAGUGACCAUCACUGACCAUCACUGACUGCUGAGUGACCACUGAGUGACCGCUCCUUGUGACACCGACCAUCACUGACCAUCACUGACCAUCACUGACUGCUGAGUGACCGCUGAGUGACCAACUGACCACCUGAUGGACACCCCCUGUGACACUGACCGUCACUGACCAUCACUGACCAUCACUGACCGCUGAGUGACCGCUGAGUGACCGACUGACCACCCCAUGGACACACCCUGUGACACUGACCAUCACUGACCAUCACUGACCAUCAGUGACCACCCACUGACCGCUGAGUGACUGCUGAGUGACCACUGAGUGACCGCUCCCUGUGACAGUGACCAUCACUGACUAUCACUGACCAUCACUGACUGCUGAGUGACCGCUGAGUGACCGCUGAAUGACCGCUGAGUGACCGACUGACCACCUGAUGGACACCCCCUGUGACACUGACCAUCACUGACCAUCACUGACCAUCACUGACCAUCACUGACUGCUGAGUGACUGCUGAGUGACCGCUGAGUGACCAACUGACCACCUGAUGGACACCCCCUGUGACACUGACCAUCACUGACCAUCACUGACCAUCACUGACCACUGAGUGACCGCUGAGUGACCAACUGACCACCUGAUGGACACCCCCUGUGACACUGACCAUCACUGACCACCCCUUUGUGGCACUGACCAUCACUGAUCACUCACUGACCAUCACUGACCGCUGAGUGACCACUGACCACACAGUGACCACCAGAGUGCCCAACUGACCCCUGAGUGCCCUUCUGACCCCUGAGUGACCAACUGACCCCUGAGUGCCCAACUGACCACCAGAGUGACCAAGUGACCCCUGAGUGCCCAACUGACCACCAGAGUGACCAAGUGACCCCUGAGUGCCCUUCUGACCCCUGAGUGACCAACUGACCCCUGAGUGACCAAGUGACCCCUGAGUGACCAACUGACCCCUGAGUGACCAACUGACCCCUGAGUGACCAACUGACCACGCAGUGACCCCUGAGUGGCCAAGUGACCCCUGAGUGACCCCUUGACCCCCCGUGGAGUGGGCGGGGCCUGUAAUUACAAAUAAAAUGCUCCUAAUGAUCAGAUUAA